CUCUCUCUCUCUCUCUCUCUCUCUCUCUCUCUCUCAAACUUUAUAUCUAUGAUUGUUGUUCACUUUCUUGGAUCUCUGAAACGCUAGAACUUCAUUAUUCUGCAACUUGUCUCUCUCACAUAUAUAUAUUUAUAUGCUUUUCUUGGAUUUUGCAGUUUUUUCUUCCUCUUCUUCAAUAGAACAAAGUCUCUGAUCAGUAAUGUAAGUGUAAUUUCAGUCUAUUACUUCUAUGCAUGUAUAAUUCAAGCUGUAGUUAGCUUAUGUGUAGUCAUCCUCUUUCAAAACCUAACUUCUCUUUUCUCUUUAUUACCAUAAUCUCCGCCCUCCCUUUUCUUUGUCUUGAAAAGCAGCGGCAAAACAAGCCACAUAUAUGUUAAUCUGGGAAAAAUACAGAGUGGAGUAAAAAUGCGUGCGCCUCAGUCACUCAAGCAAGAAUUUCUCAAGAAAUGGAUGGUGGGUCUCCAGUUAUGUGAAUCUACAAACCAGAACAUGAGCAUCUUAGAAAGGAAGAAGGCAAUAAAGCUAUCAGCAGACAUUGCUAUGGCUUCAACAAGAAAUGGCAUGACUUGUUGGAGUCGUGCUUUGGUUGCAAAAACUUCAACAGAUUUUGGUAAUAAAGUCCUUGUUGAUAAUAUAUUGUUAGCUUCACAGUCUGAGAAGCUAAAAAACAAGAGAACCAUCAUUAGAAGAAAGAAGAUCUUGAGGAAGAGUCAUCGUGCUAGAAAAGCAAGAGGUGGCCGUGUAGUUGCUAGAUCUCUUGCAAAAGAGAUGGUGAAGAAAAGAACACAAGUGUUGAAGAGUCUUGUGCCUGGAGGAGAAUUUAUGGAUGAUGUCUCUUUGAUUGAAGAAACCCUAGAUUAUAUAGUAUCCCUUCGAGCUCAGGUUGAUGUAAUGCGUACUCUUGCUAAAGCCACAGAGCUGAUGAAUGGUAAAUAGGACCAUCAAUGGAGAAUUACCUUAUAUAUAUUAACUAUAUUUGUCUUGUUUAGUUUCUUUCUUUUUGGCAAGACUAGAUGAAGUGAAAAUGAGAAGCUGCUGUAGCUUAAGCAUGUACAGUUUAAGCAUAUUUAAGUUAAUCAAGUCUCUUUAUUUUA